AACAUCUCAAUCUCUCCGCGUCGCCUUGGCAACAGAAUUUUGUUAAAAAUAUCAUUCAAAUAUCAAGUUAUAAAAAAGGGACAAAGGGGAAGCGUAAAAAAUUUCGGCGAGGAAGCGAAAAUUAUGUCAGAGACGAGUAAAUCGUUUUCUCGUGAUUAUUGUGAUGAAAUAAUUGAAAGCAUCAAAUUCGAGGAAGGACAUUGUGUUGAUGAUGCUUAUAAUGAUGAUGAUGAUGAUCGUGGUGAGAGUAGUGAUAAAAUCGAUUAUGAAAUGAAGGAGAAAGAACAGGUGGAUUUGAAACCAGUCAAGAUCACCGGGGAGACCUUGAAACGAAUUCGCCAACAACUUUGUUUGAUAAAACUCGGCUCGACGAAAGUAGAGCUCGAUCAUGAAUCUUGUUCCUAUUUCAAACUUGUACCUAAAAGUUAUUCGCAAAAUAGUGAAAAAGAAAAAGUUUUACUUUGGUACGCUGAAAAUUUCCGUCAACAAUUCCAAUAUAUUUAUGGUGUUAAACGAAAGCCCUUGUUAAUGGUGUGCGACAAUGAAUUUGGAAUUCAGAAAUUCGUAUCAACGACAAUCAGACGAAGUACCUUGCCAUAUCCAGAAUUAUCAACUUGGCUGGGAUGCGCAAAAUUCGUGACCGAUUACGUGACAUACGAGGCACCAAAAUCGCCCCUCGAAUUGGUAAGUAAACUCUGCGAAUUUUUCCUCUUAUUUUCAUCGAAUUUUCCUCUAUUUCAACAAUAGAAUUUAUAAAAUUUAUAAAAUUUACAAAUAAUUAUUAUAAAUUAUAAAUUAGAAUUUAUAAGUUUUUUUUUCAAAUAGAUUUAAAUAUAAUUCGGAUAAGUGUAAAAAAAACAAAAAACGAAAAAAUUAAGAGAGAGAGAGAGAGAUAAACAUAAGUUUUCUCUAAUCGUCACAUCGAUAUGGCCAUUGUCGACUGUUGCUUCAGAUACAAAUCACAACUCGGUUUUUUUUUUUCUUUUCUUUCUGUCUUCUCUCCCCCCCACCCCUUCUUUUUUUAUCAUCGAGAGUAUAGACGUAAAACCGGUCAGGCGAGGGACGAAGUGAUCGAUCAGCAAUUCUUGAAAUUCGUUUUCGAAGCGAAA